CGCCGCGGCGAGGCUAGAGGGCUGGCGGCGGACGGGCUCUCCAGUCGUGCGUUGAAUUCCCUAACGCGAGGAUGUGGUUCGCGUUCGCGCUGUUGGCCGCGACGGCCGCGUUGGUGUCGGGCAACGCCCAGCCGCAGCAGUACCCGCCGCCGCCCUACGGCCAGCCCGGGGCGCUGCCACCCGGCGGGUACCCGCCCCCCGGUGGUGCCUACGGCGCCUACAACAACACCCCGUACCAACCGGGCCUGAGCUCGGCCAACGGCGUCCCCGGCUACCCGGGCGGCAACGACGUCUUCCGCGCCGUGUACGAGUGGUUCAAGAUCGACUACGCGUGGCCUGAUGAGAACCUCAAGGCGGCGGCGCUGCGGGCGUCCCAGUACAUCCCGGAGAACAACGCCCUGGGCGGCAUCAAGGUGUGGCGGGACCGCAUGUUCCUGUCCGUGCCCCGCAUGAAGGAGGGCGUGCCCUCCACCCUCAACUCGGUGCCCGCGCAGCCCCGCGGCGGCUCCAACUCGCCCCGCCUGGACCCCUUCCCGUCGUGGGAGUGGCAGGAGCUGGGCAACUGCUCCGCCCUGCAGAACGUGCACGGCUUCGAGAUCGACAGCGAGGGCAGGAUGUGGGUGCUGGACUCUGGCCGAGUCAACGUCAAGGGCAGGACCCAGGAGAACCGCUGCCCGCCCAAGCUGGUCAUCUUCGACCUCAACACGGCCCAGUUCACCGACAACUACUACAACAACGGAUACAACAUGAACGGCGGUGUCGGCGGCUACCCUGGACCCGGCAGUGUGUUCAACGACCCGAGCCGACCCUACGACCCCAACCGACCCAACCAGCCCUACGACCCUAGCCGACCCAACCAGCCCUACCACAGCGGCCAGCCCUACGACCCCAACCGACCCAACCAGCCCUAC